CGAAGCCCACGCCGUUCUGCUCUCGAGUCUCUACACUACACUCUCACUCGAGUCGAGCUCUUUGAAACUUUCUGUUCUCCUGAAGGCCUGUAGAAGUUUUUUUUAAUAUUAUUUCUGCGUUAAUGUGUCUUUGGAGAACAAGCAGCCUGGAUUAAACGCGAAAGGAUUGUUAUGAACAGAUCCUGGUAACGUUAGUUUAUGAACUGUUUUGUCUGUUGAACAGAAAAGUAGUCUUUGUCUGACAACAGCUGAUUCAAGAUGAGGCCAAAUGAUGAAAAGAAAGAAAAAUGUGGGACCAUCUGUCUGAAAUACCUGCUCUUCACUUUUAAUUUCCUGUUUUGGAAGGACUCCUUCUCUCUCACGCGCGGGCACACAGUAAUGCAUGUAAAUUAGACAUGGGCCAGUAUAAGAUUCUGGAGUUGGCUGGAGGUGCAGUUAUGGCUGUGGGCAUCUGGACGUUAGUUGAGAAGAGUGACUAUAUCAGCCUGCUCUCCUCAAAGAUCUACGCUGUCUCUGCAUACAUACUGAUUGUGGCUGGGGUCAUUGUCAUGAUCACUGGGGUUUUGGGCUGCUGUGCCACCUUCAAGGAGCAAAGACGCCUUCUGAGAGUGUAUUUUGUUUUGCUGUUGUGUAUUUUCCUGCUGGAGAUCUUGGCUGGAGUUUUGGCCUACAUUUAUUACCAGCAGUUGAAUGAGGAGCUAAAGGUGAACCUCAGAGAGACCAUGGUUCAGAAAUACAAUCAACCGGAGCAGGAUCAUGUGACGAAGGCUGUGGACAAACUACAGCAGGAGUUUAAGUGUUGUGGAAGUAACAGCUCGUCUGAUUGGAAAGAAAGCGCUUGGAUUCACUCUUCUCUGAGUAGUGGUCGUUUUGUCCCUGAUAGCUGCUGUAAGAGCCCCAUUGAGCUCUGCGGUAAGAGGGAUCACCCCUCAAACAUAUAUAAAGUAGAGGGUGGCUGCAUCACAAAGCUGGAGAGCUUUAUUCUGAAUCACUUACAGAUCAUUGGUGCUGUGGGUGUGGGCGUCGCCUGUGUACAGAUUGUGGGCAUGUUUGUCACCUGCUGUUUGUAUAGGAGUCUAAAAGCAGAGCCAUACUGAACAGAUAAAGUGCACAUCAUCAUCAUCAUUAAAUCUACUGUAAAACAGAAGGGAAAUAAUCAACGAUGAUCUCAUUUCUCUUUUAUCAUGCAGACAUGUUUACACUAUAAUGAUAAUGCAUUGGUCAUACAUUUCAAGUACUACUGAGCUAGCACAAAAAUAUUUACAUCCUUUUAUCCUUAUUGUUUUAAAGAUUCAAGGGAUUUUACUAACUUAAGCAUGUUUGCUUUGUAUUUUAUAUAUAAAACAACCACGUAUCUGUU